AUAGCAAUGACUACGAUACCCUCUCCUCCUCUUUCUUGUCUCUCCACCAUCUUUCCUUAUCAACUCAAGACUCAUAAAGAUUCGCUCAUCUUCAUCAAAACCUAAAAAAAAAAAAAAUCAGAAAGAGUAAAAAAAACAUAAAACCAAUAGUGUAUCAGAUCUUGAUAUUAUGGAUCCUAUCCACGGUUUUAUGGGUACAACAAACAUAUCACAUAACACAAACCUUAUGAUCGCCGCCGCCACCACCACCACUACCUCCUCCUCCUCGUCGUCUUCCUCAGGCGGCUCGGCGACGAACCAGCUGAGUAGGUACGAGAAUCAGAAGAGAAGAGAUUGGAACACUUUUGGACAGUAUCUACGCAACCAUCGUCCGCCACUUUCUCUCUCCCGUUGCAGUGGUGCUCAUGUUCUUGAAUUCCUCAGGUACCUCGACCAAUUCGGCAAGACCAAGGUUCACACACAACUAUGUCCGUUCUUCGGACAUCCAAACCCACCAGCACCAUGUGCCUGUCCACUUCGACAAGCGUGGGGCAGUCUCGACGCACUCAUUGGCCGUCUUCGAGCCGCUUUUGAAGAGAAUGGUGGUUCACCAGAGACAAACCCUUUUGGUGCACGAGCCGUUCGGCUCUACCUAAGGGAAGUGCGUGACUCGCAGGCUAAAGCACGUGGGAUUAGCUAUGAAAAGAAGAAGCGGAAGCGACCUCCUCCGCCGCUGCCACCGCAUCAGCCGGUGAUUUCAAGUAGCCCUCAUUAGUAAUAAGUCAUAUCAGUAAGAUUUGUUUCAAUCAACUACGUACGUUUGUUUACUACUUUCAUAGUAUUUGUCAGUCAAUGACGAACAUGCACGAGUUACUAAAAGCUACAAGCCCUUUUUUU